AUGGCCGCGCUGGCCCGGCUGCUGCCGCCGCUGCUCCUGCUCUGCGCACCCCGGCCCCGCGGCUCCAGGGCGAUGAAUGACAUCGGGGACUAUGUGGGCUCCAACCUGGAGAUCUCCUGGCUGCCCAACCUGGACCACCUGAUGGAGGGCUACGCCCGCAACUUCCGGCCGUGCAUCGGAGGGCCCCCCGUGAACGUGGCGCUUGCCAUCGAGGUCGCCAGCAUCGACCACAUCUCGGAGGUGAACAUGGAGUACACCAUGACGGUGUUCCUGCACCAGAGCUGGCGGGACAGCCGGCUGUCCUACAACCACACCAACGAGACGCUGGGGCUGGACAGCCGCUUCGUGGACCGGCUGUGGCUCCCCGACACCUUCGUCGUCAACGCCAAGUCCGCCUGGUUCCACGACGUGACGGUGGAGAACAAGCUCAUCCGGCUGCAGCCGGACGGCGUCAUCCUGUACAGCAUCCGAAUCACGGCCACAGUGGCCUGCGACAUGGACCUGGCCAAGUACCCCAUGGACGAGCAGGAGUGCACGCUGCACCUGGAGAGCUACGGCUACUCGGCCGAAGACAUUGUGUACUACUGGUCGGAGAACCAGGAGCAGAUCCACGGGCUGGACAAGCUGCAGCUGGCGCAGUUCACCAUCACCAGCUACCGCUUCGCCACGGAGCUCAUGAACUUCAAGUCGGCCGGCCAGUUCCCCCGGCUCAGCCUGUACUUCCACCUGCGGAGGAACCGGGGCGUCUACAUCAUCCAGUCCUACAUGCCCUCCGUGCUGCUGGUCGCCAUGUCCUGGGUGUCCUUCUGGAUCAGCCAGGCGGCCGUGCCCGCCAGGGUGUCUCUAGGCAUCACCACGGUGCUGACCAUGACCACCCUGAUGGUCAGCGCCCGCUCCUCCCUCCCGCGGGCCUCGGCCAUCAAGGCGCUGGACGUGUACUUCUGGAUCUGCUACGUGUUCGUCUUUGCCGCGCUGGUGGAGUACGCCUUCGCCCACUUCAACGCCGACUACCGGAAGAAGCAGAAGGCCAAGGUCAAGGUCACGGAGCGGAGGGCAGAGGUGGACAUGAAGCACGCCAUCGUGCUGUUCUCACUCUCGGCCGCCGGCGUCUCCCGGGAGCUGGCUGUGUCCCGGCGGCCGGGCCACCUGCCCGGGGGCCUCCUGGGCUCCUACCGGCCCGUGGAGGUGGAGGUGGGGGCGGCCGAGAGGCCGGGGGGCCUCCGCGCCCUCCUCAGGCCCAUCGACGCGGACACCAUCGACAUGUACGCCCGCGCGGUCUUCCCCGCCGCCUUCGCCGCCGUCAACAUCGUCUACUGGGCGGCCUACGCCCUGUGA